AACUUGGCGCGGCUCAUGGCGGCUCCGGGCGCGCUCCGGCGGCAGCGCGGGCGGGGCCGCGCCGCCCUCCCGGCAUCCCCCGCGCGGAGGGGCCGGGGCCGCGCAGCGCCCGGCGCCAUGGCCGCCUACCUGACGCACCAGCAGAAGGUGCUGCGGCUGUACAAGAAAUCCCUGCGGCACCUCGAGUCCUGGUGCAUCCAUCGAGACAAGUACCGCUACUUCGCCGUACUCCUGAGGGACCGGUUCGAUAAGAACAAGGAUUUGAAGGACAUGGUGAAAGCCACCGAGCUGCUGAAGGCCGGUGAGGAGGAGUUCUGGGCCAGCCAGCACCCGCAGCCCUACAUCUUCCCCGACUCCCCUGGGGGCACUUCCUACGAGAGAUACGAGUUAUACAAGAUUCCUGAAUGGUCCUUGGAUUUCUGGCACCCUUCUGAGAAGGCAAUGUAUCCUGAUUACUUUGCCAAACGAGAGCAGUGGAAGAAGCUGCAGCGGGAAAGCUGGGAAAGAGAGAUUAAGCAGUUACAAGAAGAAACUCCAGCUGAUGGUCCAAGAACUGAAGCUUUGCCUCCAGCUCGUAAGGAAGGGCAUCUGCCCCCCAUGUGGUGGCAUCACGUCACUCGACCUCGUGAACAGCCCAUGUGAGAGCUGUGAAUGGGUGUGAAUGGCAGCAGUCUGUGCUGCAGGCAGGUGCCACCUCAGUGACCACUUGCUCCUCAAAGUAAUAUAGAAUAAAGCCAAAUAAAGUAACAGAAAAGGUG